GGUCUAUUGUGUAAGAGGUUGGGUUGGAGGCGGGCAUGCUCUCAAUCUGCCUGCUGAUUGUGAUUAGAUAUAUAGAAGAGCAGCCGUCUCCGGAGUUUAACCUACUUCCUGGCUCAAAUUCAGAUUUCCCUGCUCCCUUAUCAAGUUUCGUAUUGCUUAAUCCUCCCUUUCUUCAUUCGCAAUGUCAUUCCUGAAGACCUACCUUGGCCUUGCAGCAUCCCCACCCGCUGCAGAUGCUAAGGCUCCCGUCAGGGCCUUGCCGGCUUCCUGGUACACAUCCCAGGAGAUGUACGAACUUGAGCGACGCGCUAUCUUCUCCAGGAAAUGGCUCCUCACAACCCACAAGUCCAGAAUCCCCAACUCGGGGGAUUGGGUCCGAUAUGAUGUGGCUGGCUACCAGUUUAUCAUUGUUCGAGAUCGACAAGGCAAGAUCAACGCCAUGCACAACAUCUGCAGGCACCGUGCUUUUCCAGUUGUGACCAAGGACGAAGGGAACAGUCUUAUCUUCUCCUGCAAAUACCAUGGAUGGUCAUAUGGCCUUAGUGGCAACCUCGCGAAGGCGCCGGGCUACCAGGACCUCGAGGGUUUCGAUAAGACCAAGAAUGGCCUGUUCCCUAUCCAUGUCCACAUCGACAGGAAUGGAUUUGUCUGGGUCAACCUAGACGCUGGCGAUAAGCCAGAAGUGGCCUGGGAAGACGACUUCAAAGGUGUCGAUGAGCAGGCCAGGUUCGAGCACUACAACUUCGAGGACUACGUGUUUGACCACACGUGGGAGAUGGAGGGGGAUUAUAACUGGAAGAUAUUGGCGGACAACUACAACGAGUGCUAUCACUGCAAGAUUGCGCACCCCGACAUCCCAUCAAUAGCUGACCUCAAUUCCUACUACGUCGAGACCAAGGCUGCGUAUAUCCUUCACUUUGGCAACUCCACGCCGGAACAGAUUGCGAAUGGUUUCCGGGUGUCCGCCACCUACUUCUGGCCCAACGCCUCGAUGAACAUCUCGCCACACUUCCUCUUUCUGCAGCGAUUUGUGCCCAGCGGUCCCACCAAAUCAGUAAUGAGGUACGAAGUCUACAGGAACAAACACUCCAGCGACGACGACUUCAAGGUCAUCGACGACAUGUACAAGCGAAUCAUGUCUGAGGACAAGUACCUCUGCUCAAACGCACAGAAGAACCUCAACGCCGGCGUGUUUGUCAAUGGAGAGAUGCACCCGGAGAUGGAGAAAGGCCCGCUCUUCUUCCAGAAGAAAGUCCGCGAGGUCGUCACGGCCCACCACAUGGAGGAGCAGCAGGCCAACCGCGAGAUCUGGCCCGCUCAACAGGUCAUCCCGAAAUCCGCUUUGAUUAGCCAGAACGAUGUCAAUUUCUGUUCGGCCGUAGAUUGCUGCAGGAAGAACAAGCUGGAUGAGAAGCAGGACGCUUUUGCCGAGAAUGACGCCGACGCCCUUGCCACUGCCAUUGUUGCCUAGGACGCCGUUGGUUGGGGGAAAGGGGGAAAGAUGGUUGAGAUGCUGGAUCAUUUCAUACGUGCCAUUUCAUAUGUAUUCCUUUAAUAUUUCAUGAUGCAGUUAUUUAGCAAGCGACUUAGCCGAAAUUGACACUUUUGAUAUUGCCA